GUACCGCUGUUAAAGUUGGACGGUUUUCCCGUAAUCAAAUCAUAAUUCUGAAAUGAAAACUAGGUCGAAAACCCCCAGAAAGGCUAAUACAUUGCCUAAACCACCUGUUCGUAAUGGAGUACUGCAAAAACCAGCGGAUGUGUGCACAGAACCAGCUGGAAAGCACAGUCCAAUUUCUAACACGCCGGAAUGGUUUGGACAAAGUUCUACACUGUUCGACGGAGCCCCUGCAUCACGAAGCAUCAAGCAAGCCAUGGAUACACCGUCACCUAGUGCUGGCGAACGAACACGAAUGUUGGAUCGGUUUCACCGUAUCGCUGUCCUCGAACGAUUCUCUAGCGACACUGAUCGUUCCCUACUGACCGGGGGCGACGACAAGGAUUGCCAUAUUUUGGAGCUUAUUGCUCGUUAUUCUCCGAGCCUACUGAACUGUAAAUUGAACCGCAUCGAAUGGCAACAUGUUCGACGGAAUCUAAUCAAAUUUGGUCGAGUGCAAAAAUCUCGCCGCUGUUCAGACGCGUUUUUCUACACGGAGCGGAAACGCCAGGCGGUUCUUCGGUAUCUGCAAAGAAAUCCAACCAUCGAAUACCUUAUGGAUAAGAAACGUGGGGUUCUUCCUCCACCGAUCACCGUCGGAUGCAAGGUACGGGCUCUGCUCUACAAGCCGCAGUAUGGCAUCUUCGUUGGCACUGUUGUGGGGGUUGACGAAAAAAAUCAAAAUUUGUAUUUUGUUAGCUUUGACAAGCAAUUUCAUGGCAAGUUUGAUCAAUACGUUGAAGACUACCGGCUGGCAAUUGUUAAGGAUCAGGAAAAUGUCUUGCAAGACACGGUAGCUAUUGAGUACAAAUUGUUCCAACAAAUACUGGUUCUGGAAAAAUGGUCGGACGAAAAAAAAGCCAUACUCAACCGCAUAACCAAACUCAGGCUUGCCGCCGAGUGCCGUCGUCGUAUGAAUGAUGUUGCUGUUGCGUCUCAGGAUCAUGACAAUGAUUCUCAAUACCUCGCAGCAAUACAGCAGCUACUUUCGGUCGAUCGCCAUAUACUGCGGCAGGGUACAUUUCUACGUUCCAUGUUCGUACAAAGCAUCGGUGAUUCGACGCUGCUGGAUGAAGUGUUCCCGGUACCCUCAAAUGUUUCCCGUAUCGAGUUCCGGGAAGUUGAUGGCGAGUUGUACGAAGUUACUGACCCACCGGGUCUGUUGGCUGCUGAGGAAAACUGUCUUACAAAUUCUUAACCAAAACUCGAUGGUGCAGCUCGAGGAAUCACGUCGAUACUUUUAUCAAGCUACGAUUGGUGCCGCUGAUCAAUGUGGCAUUAUUUAAACGAAGAAUGUUUAACACCUUUACUUACAUUUCCCUUUCUGUUCCGUUUCUUUCACGCUAACACCAAAACUUUAGUUAAUUUAAUAAUAAAACUGUUAUCUC